GGGGGGUGUUGCACGAGUUUGGUCAACAUCUGUAUGUAUGUAUGUAUGUAUGUAUGUAAUCAGUAUCUUCAUUUGCGUCGCAUUGUUCAAGGCAGUAUGCAAUACUGUCUCACAGCCAAGGAACCGACUGCCUAUUUGACUUUACUACGGACUUUGUUUCGUUCCAUCGGUGGUGGUGCGCAUGACAAACUGUAUCGGGAAUUCUUUCCUCUCCUGCCCGAGAUGCUGUCCACACUCAAUCGACUACUUCGAUCCCCGCAUCGAGCUCACGCACGAGAUCUGUUGGGCGAAUUGUGCGUGAUUGUUCCGGUUCGACUAUCUACCCUAUUGCCCUACCUGUCACUUCUGAUGGAACCAUUAGUCUAUGUGCUGAAUUGCAACACUGUCAAUCAGGUGUGUUUUAUUCACAUUUCAUUGCUACGCAAAUCGAAAGAAGACAUAUGUCGCGAGAUGUUAACAUUUCGUUUAAUCUUCUCAAUCGCUGACGUAAAACAAACAAGGGCUAUUGGAAUUAAAAAUAAAAUAUCCAAACAUCCAAUCAAUUCACUUGCCGUGGAGUUGACCUAUAUUUUAUUUUUAAUUCCAAUAGCCCCUAAGAUUAAACGAAAUGUUAACAUCUCGCGACAUAUGUCUUCUUUCGAU